AUGAAUAGUUCAUCUAAAUCAACGAAAACUUGGACGCUAUUACGUUAUGCUGUUGAAAUUAACCAUCAUUCACCUUCGUCAAGUCCAAAUUCGACGUCGUCUAGCGAGCGACAACAACCACAACGGCAACUUAUUGAUUGUUCGGAAGGACUACUUUGCUUGACGCUUACACCGAGUCAACAAUUGUACGUUAUUCGUGAUGAUACGGAAAAGAUUGAAUGUGUUGAUCUGUUAACAACUGAUUCUUCUUCAGUUAUGGGUACUUACACCGGCGAUAGUCUCCUCUUGACUUAUCUUAUUCCACAUGAUAAUAUUCAGCGAAAAUUUUUAGUUAAAUUUGCAUCAACAGCUACGCUGAAUGCUCGACAGCAUUGCGAAGAUUGUGUCAAGUUGCUUUCACAUUCAAUUAAUAUCACUCAUUUUGAUUCUACAUCAUCAUCAUCACCGAUAACAACGAAUUCGAUUGUAUCAAUUGCUGAUAUGAUUAAAUAUUUAAUGAAAGAGAAUCCGAUUCAGUUGUCUUCGUAUUAUAAUCAAGAAGUCGUGUUUAAUUGGAAAGAAACAGAUGAACUAUUGGAAAAAUAUCUAUGUGAUGAAACAUUUCCAGAUUUCGUUGCUAACGUUGCAUCAGUACUUGAAACGAUGAAAGAUAGUUCCAAGUAG